GUGCCACCCUGCGACGCGGGCGCCGGCGAGCGCGUCAGCCGCGACGUGCUGAUGCCGCUUCGCUGCCUCGGUGGCAGGUGGUCAACUGGCUCCGUGGCUGUGGACCUGGAGGUGCGGUUCGUCUCCCCAGCCCAGGCCAGCGAACUCCUCUCCAUGCCCGCCGACCUGGCGAAGCGCGAGCCGAGCCCGGGCAUCCCGAGAGAGGUCGCGCCGACGGUCACGCCCUCGAAUGCCGACCCACCCCUUGGUGGCGAAGGCGGCCCCCGCGACGCUGCCCAGCGAUGUGCGCCGCUGCCGCUGCCCGUGCUGCUCCGGCGCCGGCUGGCCGCCGACGACCUGGAGCAGUCGAAGGCGAGGCCGCUGGGAACUGCAGCCCGGCAAGGCACCGACGGCAGCGGCGGGCGCGCGGGCAGGCGCAGGCUGGUGCGGCUUGGCCAGGAGGCCGGUCUGCUGCAGCAGCACCACAACCGCCAGAUGUCCACCUGCCGCGAGCGCGGGCAGCUGGAUCCUGGCGCGGGGCCAUGCCGCUCCGACCGGGAGACGUUGGCGGCGCUGCGGGCGCUGCUCGGCGCUGGGACGGCCCGUGCGGCUGUUGGGGAUGGAACGGGCAGCUCAUUCUGUCCUGGCGCCUCGGCGCCCACCCGCUUCACUUGCGUAGGGGCGCCAGUGCCGAGGGCGCAGGCUGCUGCGAUCGCAGGCGUCGACACUAGGCUGUUGGGCAAACCCCGUGACUUUUCUGGGGAGCAGCCUGCGUGGCGGGACUGGAGCGCUGUCUUCAAAAACUAUUCUGGGGCCGCAGUCCCACGGCUGACGUCGCUGAUGCAGUCGGCUGCCCAGUCGACGGCCCCAGUGCCCAACGUGGCGUUGACGGCGUGGCGGCAGCGGGCGGAAAAGUGCGAGCCCAAGAUGCGGACGCGCAUCGCGGGGCAGCCGAUGCGCAUCCUGUCCUUCUCGCUGCAAGGCGAUGCGCCCGAACGGCUCACCGCACGGGGGCGCGAGAUCGCCGCGUGCGAGCGUGACUCGGAGAAGACGCUCGAUGAUGGAGCGAAGAUUGGGACAUUCCUCUUGCGCCCCUCGGAGUCGCCCCGCAAGACCCGCCCCCUGAUGAAGGUGGACCAGCUGACGCGUCGGGCCGAUUUCCGGGCGGAGAUCGCAUCUGCGCGGGCGCAGCCGGUGCCGAUGGACAUCGGCGCCGUGUGCUUCUGGGACACGCGUGAACCUCAUUCGGAAACGGCGGCGUGGCACCUGAGGCUGCGCCUGAGGCCCCACGAGGAUCUGCCGUUCACCUCGGCGCAGGAGCUGUGCGAGGUCGCGUCGAUGGAGGGGCGAGGGAUAUGCCCUCUUGACACGGGCGCCUGCAUGGAGGCUGAGGAGGGCGCCCCAAUCAAGCGGUUGGCGGCACCUGCUCGGCCGACAGCGGCCGAACGGCAGGGGCACAUCGCAGGUGGCCCUUCGGUCUUCCGAGCGCGGUGCCGGGUGUGCUGCGCUGGGCGCGGCCGGAUGCAUCGCCGCACCUCUGGCGGCCCAGAGGUCGGCAUCCUGGUGGUGGGCUGCGACUGCGGCCGUUUGGGCGACGGGGGCGCAGACGCCCAGCGCCAACCGCGCGCGCUCCCGCUGCGCAGCAGGUGCGCGGGGGACCGUUGGCUCGGAGCCGCGGCGGUUCAAGCGAUGGGGGCCUGCGAGUGCGCGACGAGGGAGCUGGCGAGCGACGUCGUGGGCAGCGGUUUCGAUGAGGUGCUCUUCGGGGGCGACGGCGAGGCGUCCAUCGCGGCGCUGAAGACGUCGGUGGCGGCGGCGCUCAAGCUCGAGGGCGCGCGCGCGAAGCUGGGGGGGUCCACUGGGCACGGCUCGCAUGGCGACGGUCUCGCGAUGGCCGCCGUCCGCGAGGCGAAGGACGCUGCGCGGGCUAAUCUGGCGCGCCUGGCGGCGCGGCGCGGCCAGAAUUUCAACCUGCAGCAUCCGAUCAUCCCACGGUUGGCGAAGUAUUUGGCAGCGAUGAUCAAUCGCGAGCGCCGCGGGCCCGGUGGCAGGGUCGACGAGCUCUACGCGGGCGCGUCCAGGGGCGCGCGCAAAGCGGAGACGGCGCGAAGGUGCGAGGCGACGGGGCGCUACGACCCGGCGUUCCCGAACACCGUCGCUGCUCGUCCGUGGGGCUGCAGGGCGAUCGCCGAGCACGAGCGGGCGCCGAUGCAUUCCGAGGACUGCAGGGCGCGUUCGGAGAUCGAGUUGGCCAAAGCAGAUGCGGGCCGGCAGCGGCUCACGAAGGCCUUCUGGAGGCCUGCGUCUGCAGGGCAGGCCCAGGGGGCGCGCGAGGAGAUCUCGGGCGCGGGGGCGACUGCAGCGGCCUCGGCGGCCACGGCGGCUCCAGCGGCGGCCUCGCCCGCAAGCGCAGGAGGCCUGGAAGAGAUUGCAGCGGCCUCGGCGGCUGCGGCGGCCGCGGCGGCGGCCUCGCCCUCGGGCGCGGGAGGCGCAGGGGCUGCAGCGGCCGCGUUGGCCGCGGCGGCCCUGGCUGCGGCCCUGCCGCGGCAGGGGCGGCCGGCGCGGCAGCGGGCAGCCCUGGCGGGCCACGAGGGUUCGGAUAUGGGCGCGUGUCCACCGACCAUGAAAGGGCACAUUGAGAUCCAGGUGCCCGGCGCGGAGGGCGACGUGGGCGCCGCGAUGGUGGCCGCGCGCGGUCUGCGCGCGGAGGCCGCGGCGCAGGCGGAGGCGCGCCCCCGAGCGCAAUUUCGUUGCAAGGCCAGCGCUGUCGGCUUGCACGCAGGCGCGGCCAUGGAUGCGCGCCCGGGCUGGGGCCUCGGGCUCGACGGCGACCGGCAGGGGGCGCAGGGGCGGCUUGACGUGGAGAAGCCGUGCUUACUCGUUCUUGGUCGGGCGAAGACGCGCGAGAAGCAUCAGCCCCGUUUGGUGGUGGAGGGCCUGCGAGCUCUGCGGAGCUCGAAGCGCGCCGCUGGAGGCGGCGCUGCAGGGGGGGUGCUCGGCGACGAUUGCGAGCUGACGAUCUUUGCGGCGGAGGCCUGGCCUGUCCCGGAGAAGCCGGAGCGCUCUUCGCCAGUUUUCGACAUCGGCGUCGACACCGGCGUCUUUUCCACGCUUAUCCGCAGCGCAAGCCUCGUCGGCGCAGUGGCAGUGCUCACCCGGGAGCGCGACGAGCUGCGCCUGAAGCACGACCAGGCGUUGGUUGACAUGGAGGAGUUGAGGACCCAGGCGGACUCCGUCGGCGCGGCGAGCGCUGCGCUGCAGCAGGAACGUGACUCUCUCAGGGACUCGUGCUCCCAGCUCGAGGCCGAGAAGCGGCGGCAGCAGGACCUCGCCGCCGGGCUGGAGCAGGAGCGCGACGCGCUCGUGGCGCGCGCGGCCGAGCAGGCGGCCGCGCCAGCGCCGAGCGCCCUGGAGCGUGAGGAGCUGCUCGCCGCGAGGUCGGAGCUCGCGACGGCGCAGGCCGAGCUGGCGGAGGCCAGGGUCUCGUCGCGGAAGGA